UGUAUCGAAAUAGGUUUUUAAACAUUAAUGGCUGCGGAAGAACAUUCGAAUAAGAGGAGAGAAGUCUCUGCUUCUGCUUCUGUAGUUGUGAAUUUGAUGGUAGGAGAGGAGAACGAUGGUCAUCGCCUCAGGUUGGGAUCUACUGACUCGCUUCUCCCUGGUCUUAUCGAUGACGUUGCUCUUAAUUGUCUUGCUUGGGUUCCGAGGUCAGAUUAUCCUUCCUUGUCAUGUGUCAACAAGAAGUACAAUAAGUUGAUCAACGAUGGUCAUUUGUUUGCUCUGAGAAAAGAAUUGGGGAUAGUGGAGUAUCUUGUUUUCAUGGUUUGCGACCCGAGAGGUUGGUUGAUGUUUUCUCCUAUGAAAAAGAAGUGGAUGGUGUUACCUAAAAUGCCAUGUGACGACUGCUUCAACCUCGCCGAUAAAGAGUCUUUGGCUGUAGAUGACGAGCUUUUGGUUUUCGGGAGAGAGUUGUUUCAGUUUGUGAUUUGGAAAUACAGUUUGAGGUCUCGGUGUUGGGUCAAAUGCGAAGGAAUGCAUCGUCCUCGCUGCUUGUUUGCAUCAGGAAGCCUCGGUGGAAUUGCUAUAGUUGCGGGAGGGACUGAUAUGAAUGGGAAUAUAUUAGCAUCAGCUGAGCUUUAUGAUUCUUCGUCAGGGAGAUGGGAAAUGCUUCCCAAUAUGCAUUCCCCUCGAAGACUGUGCUCGGGAUUUUUCAUGGACGGGAAAUUCUAUGUGAUUGGAGGCAUGUCGAGCCCGAAUGUAUCAGUUACUUUUGGGGAGGAAUUUGAUCUGGAGACAAGGAAAUGGAGGAAGAUAGAAGGAAUGUAUCCAAAUGUGAACCGAGCAGCACAGGCUCCACCUCUUGUUGUAGUGGUUAACAACGAGCUAUUCACGCUCGAGUACUCAACCAAUAUGGUGAAGAAGUAUGAUAAGGUGAAGAACAAAUGGGAAGUGAUGGGAAGAUUACCGCCGAUGGUGGACUCGUCAAACGGUUGGGGACUGGCGUUUAAACCGUGCGGGGACCAAUUGUUGGUGUUUUGUGGGCAACGAGGUCCUCACGGCGAGGGCAUUGUGGUGAAUUCUUGGUGUCCGAAAGCAGGAGCUAAAGAUGGAAACUUGGAUUGGAAAGUGCUUGGAGUUAAAGAAAAUGUUGGUGUGUUUGUGUAUAACUGCGCAGUGAUGGGUUGUUAAAAAAGAAACCAUCUUUGUUUCUUCAACUUGGAAAGUUGGGUGUUCUUCUUCUUCUACUUUUCUAUUGACUGGUCUUUUGUUUUUGCUAUUGGGAUUAUUAUAAUGCUUUAUGUGUUUGUUCUGCGUUUAAUUUGUGGGUAAAUUGGAAAAAGAAAGAAGAGAAAAUUCAUUA